AUGACCCAGAAUAACCCCAUCUUGUCACAGAUCAUAGCUUUGACUGGUAGCGCACAGACCCAAGACCUCGAUGAGCAAGCACGUUCAGAAGCACUCGAUGCUGCUCGGGGUUUAGUAGGAGCCCUGGAGUCACAUGUGUCACCUGUUGAGAGAAUUAUUCAGGAUGUAGUGAUGCAUUCCCAGCUUUGA